ACUAUUUGAUAAUUAGGAGAAUUUGUGAUUAUUGUUUGAAUAAUGCAUACUAAGAUUGUAAAUAAUUCUGUGGAAAUCGUAUUGCAUUUUCUAUAAAAUCAAUAGACAGAUUAAAGAUUGUUGUAAACAGUUUGCCUAAUAAUACGAUUCCAUAUCCAUAGGCACGAUUUUUUAAGUAUUGGUAAUCCGUAGUUUCAUGAAAAACAAGCUAUCCCAUCAAAUACCUGCCAUUUAAUCUAUCAAAUUGCAAACUGGAUGCAGUAAAAUAGAGUAUAGUAAUUUCAUUAUAAUAAAAUUCAUUUAGCAGGGUGAAGUUAUAGGACUCAUAAUUUGUUUCUAUUAAAAUAUAGGAGUUUAUUAAAUAGAAUAGAAAUUAUUUCAAUAGGGGUAAUGGUUGUCAUUUCUGAUGAAGCUGUAGCAAAUCUAAUUUUGUACAAUGUUAUAGAUAGUCAUAAUAUCUAUUAAUUUAUGUUCCAGACAACAUAACAUAUUAACCACUUUAAUGCCUUAGUAAUUAUUGGCCACUUACAGAAACUGGCAAAUCUCUUUCAAUUAGUAAAAACUGUGGAAUUGA